AUGGCAUUAUCUCUGCGCUGCUUGGCCCAGGUGCCGAAGACGCCCAAGACGCCCAAGACACCCAAGACGCCAAGGACUCCAAACACGCCCAUGACGCCACAGCGUCUGCAGCCGUUUGGGCUGCCCGAGGAGGCAAUCAGGCGCGUUCCGAAGAGCCCUUGUUCUCAAAGGGCGGUGCGUUUUGACGAGACGGCACUGGGCCUCAGCAAGCAGGAGGCAGAUUUUGGAGAGUCGCGCAAGGAACUUGCAAGUGAAAGCUCCGAGACGUGUGUGCCAACACCCACGCUGGCAGAGUUUAGGACAAACCUACCAGUCCUUUUGGGGCGGCUUCGGCCUCAGGAUGAUGCGCCAGACAGUGGUUCAGCCGGUACAGCGGAGAGCAGUGCGUUGGCAGCUCAGAGAGCUUUUUUAGCCCGACAAUCGCGCCGGGCCAGCAGAGCCCAGCGUGAAUUUGUGGUCUGA